AUGCCUCAAGGAGAUUAUAUGGACCGUUUCCAACGGGAUUAUGGCUACCGUCUCGAUCACUUUGAGCGCAAACGCAAGAAGAUGGCCCGUGAUGUUCAUAAGCACUCUAAAACGGCCCAGAAGACUUUGGGUAUUAAGGGCAAGAUGAUUGCAAAGAAAAAUUAUGCCGAAAAAGCUCAGAUGAAGAGGACUUUGGCCAUGCACGAAGAAUCAACAUCCAGACGCAAGGCUGAUGAUAAUGUUCAGGAAGGAGCUGUUCCUGCGUAUCUUCUGGAUCGUGAAAACACGACCAGAGCAAAGAUUCUCAGCAACACCAUUAAGCAAAAGAGGAAGGAGAAGGCUGGGAAAUGGGAUGUUCCUCUACCUAAGGUGCGUCCAGUGGCUGAAGAUGAAAUGUUCAAAGUUGUCCGCACUGGUAAAAGGAAGACCAAGCAAUGGAAGAGGAUGGUUACAAAAGCUACAUUUGUUGGACCUGGUUUUACCAGAAAACCGCCAAAGUAUGAGCGUUUCAUUCGUCCAACUGGUUUGCGGUUCACUAAAGCUCACGUCACUCAUCCAGAACUUAAAUGCACAUUCAAUCUUGAAAUUAUUGGAGUGAAGAAAAACCCUAAUGGCCCUAUGUACACCUCUCUUGGUGUCAUUACCAAGGGAUCUAUAAUUGAGGUGAACGUUAGCGAACUUGGUUUGGUUACACCUGCAGGGAAAGUUGUGUGGGGUAAAUAUGCCCAGGUUACCAACAACCCAGAAAAUGAUGGUUGUAUAAAUGCUGUUCUACUUGUUUAA